AUGUCACACAAACCUGCGAUCGAGGCGCUUGAUCGUAGCUUGCAAGAUAUCCGCGGAAACCGCGUGUUGAUGGGUGGAGUAGUCGUCUUACUUGCAGGCGAUUUCCGGCAGACGUUGCCGGUUAUUGAGCGAGGUACUGCGGCAGAUGAGAUCAACGCGUGCCUCAAGGCUUCGCCGUUGUGGGCAAAAGUAGAGAGAAUGCAUCUCACAACAAAUAUGAGAGUACAGGUCUACAAUGAUCAUGAGUCUGUUGUUUUUGCUCAAAACCGCAUCGAUAUUGGCGAAGGCCACAUGGCAACGGAUGAGGACGGCCUGAUAAAAUUUGAGACGCACUUUUGCAAUAUUGUAAGCUCCGAAGAUAACCUAAUUACUGAGGUUUUCCCAAACUUACAACAAAACAUCGUGAAUGAAGAAUGGUUAUGUGAAAGAGCAAUUAUGGCGCCUAAGAACGAAUCGGUGGGAAAAAUCAAUAAAAAAAUCCUUCAUUUAGUAAAUGGUGAGGUCACGACAUAUACUUCCAUCGAUACAGUUAUGGCAAGUGACGACUCAACUACAUAUCCAGUAGAGUUUUUAAAUUCAUUGGAGUUGUCGGGGGUGCCAUCCCAUAAGUUAGAGCUAAAAGUUGGAGUGCCUGCUAUACUGAUGAGAAACCUGAAUGCACCAAAAUUAUGUAAUGGCACUAGGUUACGAAUCACUGAAUUAAGAAGGCACAUUGUGGUAGCUACAAUCAUCACUGGCGGGGCGGAAGGCGAAACUGUUUUGAUUCCACGAAUCCCUGUCAUCCCAACAAACUUGCCUUUCUAG